GGCUGGGCCUCACCGCCCCAGGAGUUUGAGCCCGCGAGUCACACCCGGAGGGUGCCUGGUGGGGGUUCGGGGGGGUUCGUGGUCCGGGCUUGGUCUCCACGCUCCAGAUCUCUGGGAGGCGCGAGUGUAGCGGUGGCCACCACUUGGGCUCCGGCAGUUCGGCCUUCUCGCCGCACUGCUGCGCACAGACACCGGGCUGCCGCCUGCACUGCUUCGAGGAGGCGCGCAGACUUUGGCAGCUGAGGUCUGUGACAAGCGUGGAACGAGGCAACGACCGAGGAGCCCAGCCCUGGCUGACAGACGCUGGCGACUCAGACAUGGACAGUAGCUGCCACAACGCGACCACCAAAAUGUUAGCGACUGCUCCGGCCCGGGGCAACAUGAUGAGCACACCCAAACCCUUGGCUUUCUCCAUCGAGCGAAUCAUGGCGCGCACCCCCGAGCCCAAGGCCCUGCCAGUCCCCCAUUUCCUGCAGGGAGCCGUGCCCAAAGGGGAUCCCAAGCACUCUCUGCAUCUCAACUCGACGAUCCCCUGCAUGAUCCCCUUCGUGCCCGUGGCCUACGACACGAGCUCCAAGGCUGGAGUGACGGGCUCGGAGCCCCGUAAGACAAGUCUUGAGGCCCCGGCGGCACCCGCGGUGGCGCCCUCGGCGCCCGCGUUCAGCUGCAGCGACCUGCUCAACUGCGCACUGAGCCUCAAGGGCGACCUGGCCCGCGAAGCUCUGCCCCUGCAGCAGUACAAACUGGUAAGGCCACGUGUGGUCAACCACUCUUCCUUCCACGCCAUGGGCGCCCUGUGCUACCUGAACCGAAGUGACGGCCCGUGCCAUCCGGCUGCCGGAGUGAACAUUCACCCGGUGGCCUCCUACUUUCUCAGUUCGCCUUUGCACCCGCAGCCAAAAACGUAUUUAGCCGAAAGGAAUAAACUGGUGGUCCCAGCGGUGGAGAAGUACCCUUCGGGAGUAGCUUUCAAAGACCUGUCCCAGGCUCAGCUGCAGCAUUACAUGAAAGAGAGUGCCCAGCUUCUGUCGGAAAAAAUUGCAUUCAAAACCUCGGAAUUCAGCCGAGGCUCUCCUAAUGCCAAACCCAAAGUUUUCACUUGUGAAGUGUGUGGAAAGGUCUUUAACGCACACUAUAACUUAACCCGUCACAUGCCGGUGCACACAGGAGCCAGACCUUUCGUUUGCAAAGUGUGUGGAAAAGGCUUCCGACAAGCCAGUACCCUGUGCAGGCACAAGAUUAUUCACACGCAGGAAAAACCUCACAAAUGCAACCAAUGUGGUAAAGCAUUUAAUAGAAGUUCCACUUUAAACACGCAUACCCGAAUACAUGCAGGCUACAAACCAUUUGUGUGCGAAUUCUGUGGCAAAGGAUUUCAUCAAAAAGGGAAUUACAAAAACCACAAGUUGACCCACAGUGGGGAGAAGCAGUUCAAGUGCAACAUCUGCAACAAGGCUUUCCACCAGGUUUACAACCUCACUUUCCACAUGCACACCCACAAUGAUAAGAAGCCUUUCACCUGCCCCACCUGCGGCAAAGGCUUCUGCAGGAACUUUGACCUCAAGAAGCACGUCCGUAAGCUGCACGACAGCAGCUUGGGGCUGGUCCGAACGCCGGCGGGGGAAUCAGGCAGCGACCAACAACCCCCGCUGCAGCAGCAGCCUCCCCCGACUCUGGCGCCUCUGCAGGCUCCGCUGCCUCCCGCUGGGCCUCUGCAGCCCGGGCUGCACCAGUGAUCUCUGCCAAGGCUCCUCCCAACGCCAGUCAGGAACCCUGCGGCAAAGGCAGCGCACACCGGAGCUGGACCUCUUAGUCCAAGCUGGUCUGCAGGACCCAGGGGAUGAUGGGCCUCGCACUUUAGGGUGGUCCAGAAGCCUCUGCAUUCCUAGACCUUUGGCCUCUUGCAUGCAUCUGCUAAAUGGUUUUGUGUAUUAUAUUCUAAAUAGGCACUAUUAUGAGAAAUUUGGGAGGGUUUGCUCUAUGAUAUCUUUAAUUU